AUGGAGGAGCGACCAAAUCCAUCGCUCGAGAUUUUGGAGCUCUGCAAAAUUAGUCCUUCUCCUUCUCCAUCAGCACAAUUUUCUCUUCCCUUCACCUUCUKCGAUCUCCCCUUCUUCACAGUUCCGCCCACUGAGCGCCUACUUUUUUACUCCCUCCCCGCCGGCGCCGACGCCGAUGCCUCCGAUUCAAUACUCCAAAAACUCAAAAAUUCUCUCUCUCUCACGCUCUCCCGUUUCUUCCCUCUCGCCGGCAACGUCGUCUGGCCGGAGGAUUCCCCCGAGCCCUUCAUUCUUUACAAACCCGGCGACGGCGACUCUGUUUCCCUCACCGUCGCCCAAGCCGACGCUGCCGAUUUCCACCGUCUCUCGUCGGACCAGAUCAGGAAGGCCAACGAAUCCCAUUUCCUGGUUCCCCAAUUCCAAGCACCCGACGACACUACUUGUGCCGCUCCGAUUAUGUGUCUCCAAAUCACUUUAUUUCCCGGCGUCGGAUUUUCAAUCGGCAUCGCAACCAACCAUUCGGUUGUCGAUGGGAAAACGUCCACCAUGUUCUUGAAAUCAUGGGCUUCCAUUUGUGCCCACGAAUCCGAAUCGGAUGAUCUCCAUCUCCCUACUCUCGAUUUCGACAGGACGGCCGCCACGGAUCCAGCUGGCUUGCAUAAACUUUACCUCAACUGCCACCAACUUUUUCUCUCCCAACCCACUAAUUUGGGCCAAAGGUUGAGACUUUCCCCCAGGGUGGCCGUCCCGGACGACGUGGCCAGUGGCACCUUCGAGCUCUCACGUGCCGACAUCGACAAUCUAAGGACGAUGGCGGCGGGAAGUUGUUCAUCAGAUUCCACGCGCCGCCGCCGCCGUCGUCUAUCAACUUUUGUGCUGACAUACGCCCAUGUCUCGAGGUGCAUCGCCAAAGCCCAGCGGCUGGACCCGAAGAGGAACGUUGUUUUAUCGUUUCUCGUGGAUUGGCGGCUUCGUUUUGGGGGAAGUCUUGUGGGAGCGAAUUAUUUCGGAAAUGGGGUAAGUGGGUGGGGGUUGUUUUUGGAAGCGAGGGAAUUAUUGGGAGAAAAUGGAAUGGGAGUGGUUUCGAACAAGUUGAGUGAUCUAAUUGCGGAGAUGGAAGAAAAKGUGAAGCAGAGGAACGGAGUUGCUGAGUUGAUCGACGACCAAUACUUGGAGCGGUGGUUAAGUGAGAUGAAUACAAAUACAAGCAUUAUUGUAGUGGCAGGGUCGCCGAGGUUUGGGAUUUAUGACAUUGAUUUUGGGUGGGGAAGGUGUACAAAAAUGGAGAUGACCUCGCUUACACCGGGUAGAACAUUUUCUAUGGUAGAGAGCAGAAAUGAGAAUGGUGGAGUGGAAGUUGGAAUUGCACUUCCACAUGAUGUUAUGAACCUUYUUUCUUCUAUGUUCUUCGAGGGAGUGAAACUAUAA